GCCACUCCCGGGAAGCAGCGCUGAUUGACAGCGUUUUGCAUCGGUGUUGUCGGAGUGUGCAGUCACUCGAUUUUGUUGGUGUCUACACAGCCCGUGCAAGCGCCAUGCAAACGGUGCUAUGCAUGUCCUCUUCGUAUACAUCAUCAAUGUAGCACCUCGAGCAGCGCACUGCCGUUACGUUUACUCGUGAUUUCUAAUGUUUGAAUGUCUAAGAAGGCAUUCAUUAAUUUUGUUUCAUCGUUCAUGUCAAGACAUCAUCGGCCGCUAGAUUCAUUGCUGUGGUCUCCAGCACCGUGUGAAAAGGAUUUGCGUGUGGUCUAAAUUGUAUUUUUAAAUAAUUUCAUUUUGAAUGAUAUUUAGCCAAUAUAAAUAUGGCGAGCGAUUCUCCUGCCAGAAGUCUGGAUGAAAUUGACCUCUCUGCUCUGCGGGACCCUGCGGGCAUUUUUGAGCUGGUGGAACUAGUCGGGAAUGGGACGUAUGGGCAGGUGUAUAAGGGCCGGCAUGUCAAGACGGGACAGCUUGCCGCCAUCAAAGUCAUGGACGUCACUGGGGAUGAAGAGGAGGAGAUUAAGCAGGAAAUUAACAUGCUGAAGAAGUACUCGCACCACCGCAACAUUGCCACGUACUACGGCGCCUUUAUCAAGAAAAACCCGCCAGGAAUCGAUGACCAGCUCUGGCUGGUGAUGGAAUUCUGCGGUGCUGGCUCGGUGACAGACCUGAUAAAGAACACUAAGGGGAACUCCCUGAAGGAGGAGUGGACAGCCUACAUCUGCAGGGAGAUCCUCAGAGGUUUGACUCACCUUCACCAACACAAAGUCAUCCAUCGGGACAUCAAGGGCCAGAACGUCCUGCUCACAGAGAACGCAGAGGUCAAACUAGUGGAUUUUGGCGUGAGCGCGCAGCUCGAUCGGACCGUGGGCCGCAGGAACACCUUCAUCGGGACGCCGUACUGGAUGGCGCCUGAGGUCAUCGCCUGCGACGAGAACCCCGACGCCACGUAUGACUUUAAGAGUGAUCUGUGGUCACUUGGAAUCACAGCCAUAGAGAUGGCAGAAGGAGCCCCACCACUGUGUGACAUGCACCCCAUGAGGGCACUCUUCCUGAUUCCUAGGAACCCAGCGCCCAGACUCAAGUCCAAGAAGUGGUCCAAGAAGUUCCAGUCCUUCAUAGAUAGCUGCCUCGUGAAGAGUCACAGCCAGCGGCCCAGCACAGAGCAGCUACUCAAACACCCCUUCAUCCGGGACCUGACCAACGAGAGGCAGGUUCGCAUUCAGCUCAAGGACCACAUUGACCGUACCAAGAAGAAGCGUGGGGAAAAAGACGAGACGGAGUACGAGUACAGUGGGAGUGAGGAAGAAGAGGAUGAUAACGACAUGGGAGAACCCAGUUCCAUCAUCAACAUCCCUGGGGAGUCCACCCUGAGGCGGGACUUCCUGCGCCUGCAGCUGGCCAAUAAGGAGCGGUCGGAGGUGCUGCGCAGACAGCAGCUGGAGCAGCAGCAGAACGAGGAGCACAAGCGCCAGCUGCUGGCUGAGAGGCAGAAGCGCAUCGAGGAGCAGAAGGAGCAGAGGAGGAGACUGGAGGAGCAGCAGCGUCGGGAGCGGGAGCUGAGGAAGCAGCAGGAGCGGGAGCAGCGCCGGCGGUAUGAGGAGAUGGAGCAGCUCAGGAGAGAGGAGGAGAGGAGGCAGGCCGAGCGUGAGCAGGAGUACAAGCGGAAGCAGCUGGAGGAGCAGAGGCAGGCGGAGCGGCUACAGAGGCAGCUCCAGCAGGAGAGGGCAUACCUGGUGUCUCUCCAGCAGCAACAGCAGCAGGACUCUCGCUCUGGCGACAAGAAGCUCUACCACUACAAGGACUCAGUCAGCCCCAACGACAAACCCGCCUGGGCCAAAGAGGUGGAGGAGCGGUCCAAGCUGAACCGCCAGAGCUCACCGGCACUGCAGCACAAGGUGGCCAAUCGGAUCUCUGACCCCAACCUGCCUCCCCGCUCCGAGUCGUUCAGCAGCGGUGGGAUCCAGCCAGCCAGGACCCCACCCAUGCACCGUGCUGUGGAGCCCCAGAUGGCCCACCUGGUCCCAGUAAAGUCCCACGGCUCCUCCAUGUCGGCGUCCCAGUCUCUCCACGACCAGUCAGCCAAGGGCGUGUCUGCCUUCCAGGACGGCCUGGUCUCCCAGCGACCCGAGAUGCCACGCCAGAACUCGGACCCCACCUCCGAGAACCCCCCGCUGCCGCCCCGCAUCGCCAGCCGCGAUGAAAAGUUUGACCGCACCUCCUGGCUGAGGGAGGAGGACAUCCCCCCUAAGGUUCCACAGAGGACCACCUCCAUCUCCCCAGCCCUUGUGAGGAAGAACUCCCCUGGAAACGGAGCUGGAGGCCUGGGGCCCAGAACCGGGUCCCAGCUGAUCCGGGCCAGCAAUCCGGACCUGUGCAAGACGACGGACCUCAGCGUGGAAGCAGCACUCCAGAGGACGAGCAGCGGGAGCUCCUCCAGCUCCAGCACGCCCAGCUCCCAGGCCGGGUCCAGUGAGAGGAGCCGGGUCAGAGUGUCCGCUAGGCCAGACAGCUCUCCCGUGGUGUCCCUGGAGACCCCCAAAGCCAAACAGCAGGAGGAUGGCCGGGACAGGCCAGGCCGACCAGCGGACCUAACCGCUCUCGCCAAGGAGCUACGUGAGCUGCGGACAGAUGACACCCACCGCCCGCCUGUGAAGGUCACGGACUACUCGUCCUCCAGCGAGGAGUCGGAGAGCAGCGAGGACGAUGGCGAGAGCGAGGGUCAGGACGGCACCGUGCCCGUCAGCGACAUCCCGCGCAUCAUGCCAUCAGCAGGGGCCAAUGAGCACUAUGGCAUGGACAUGGGUAGCCAUGACGAUUCCCGCGGUGAUGCCUACAGUGGCGGGUCCAAGGAUGGCACCAUGGUGAUGAGAGAGACACUGGGGGAUAGAGUGCGCCCGGGCCAUGCCGAGAGCAAUGGCUUCGUCGGCCACAUCAAUCUGCCCGACUUGGUGCGGCAAAGCCACUCCCCUUCGGCCCCGCCCGCCGAGGGCCCGGGCCAGCUCUCCAGCAUGCAUGCGCCAGACCUGGACGCCGUCGCCCAAUACGGCAUGGGAGGUGGCUCCAAGGCCUCCUUCACCCCCUUCGUGGACCCACGCGUGUACCAGACUUCCCCCACGGAUGACGACGAGGAAAGUUUGGCAAUAGACCAGUUUAACAACGAACUCAUGCGGCAAGAGCAGGCCAAGCUAAACGAGGCUCGGAAGAUCUCCGUCGUCAACGUCAACCCCACCAACAUCCGGCCCCACAGCGACACACCGGAGAUCCGCAAGUACAAGAAGCGCUUCAACUCAGAGAUCCUGUGCGCCGCCCUCUGGGGGGUCAACCUGCUGGUGGGGACCGAGAACGGUCUAAUGCUGCUGGACCGCAGUGGGCAGGGGAAGGUCUAUAACCUCAUCAACCGCCGCCGAUUCCAACAGAUGGACGUCCUAGAGGGCCUCAACGUCCUGGUCACCAUUUCAGGGAAGAAGAACAAGCUAAGGGUCUACUACCUGUCCUGGCUGCGGAACAGGAUUCUGCACAAUGACCCUGAGGUGGAGAAGAAACAGGGCUGGAUUACUGUGGGAGAGCUUGAGGGCUGCGUGCACUACAAAGUGGUAAAAUACGAGAGGAUCAAGUUCUUGGUGAUUGCCUUGAAGAACUCUGUGGAAAUCUAUGCCUGGGCACCAAAACCUUACCAUAAAUUCAUGGCUUUCAAGUCUUUUACAGAUCUCCAGCACCGGCCCCAACUGGUGGACCUGACUGUGGAGGAAGGUCAAAGGUUAAAGGUUAUCUAUGGGUCCAGCGUGGGUUUCCACGUGAUCGAUGUGGAUUCGGGCAAUCCUUAUGAUAUCUACAUCCCGUCCCACAUUCAGAGCAGUAUCACCCCACACGCCAUUGUGGUGCUCCCCAAGACUGACGGAAUGGAGGUGCUUCUGUGUUAUGAAGAUGAGGGGGUCUAUGUGAACACAUACGGCAGAAUCACCAAAGACGUGGUGCUCCAGUGGGGGGAGAUGCCCACCUCCGUUGCCUACAUCCACUCCAACCAGAUCAUGGGGUGGGGAGAGAAGGCCAUUGAGAUCCGCUCCGUGGAGACGGGACACCUCGACGGAGUUUUCAUGCACAAGCGAGCUCAGCGACUGAAGUUCCUCUCUGAGAGGAAUGACAAGGUCUUCUUUGCCUCUGUCAGAUCUGGAGGCAGCAGCCAAGUUUUCUUCAUGACACUGAACAGGAACUCCAUGAUGAACUGGUAACCCACCUCAACCCCUUCCCCCUACCACCCCAUCCUCGUUCCUCGUUCCUGUCCAUGGCCCACGCCAUCACUCGCAUCUCUGUCCAUGUGCCAUCGGUCACCCCAGCACCACCCUUGUUGUGAACACAAGAUACGUGUUACCUCUGAACAAAGAAGGAGGAAGAGGUAAAGAGAGAGCAAAGCCUGUUACUGAAAUCAAGGUCAUCGAGAGCCGAGAACUGCUGGAUUUCCACCCUCCCUUUGCCUGGGAGUCAAAUGUGAAGACAGUUUGGUCAAUCAGUAGCACUAAUUCUUCAGUCAGUCACCUGGAAGAACAGAAGACCAAGGCCGGAUUUGGAUUCGAUGACCAGAUUUUAAGUAUCCAUGAAACAAAGGCCAAGAAACAUGGAGAGUGAAGCUGAGGAGGGAACUACUGGAAGUAUCCUCUUGCCUCCAGCAGGGGGUGCAACAGAGCAGAACACCCCCUCCCCCCAUCUCCAGUGUGGGUCUGGACAGUAUGAGGACUGUGAUUGGUCACCUCUUUAUCUCAUCAUAUUAUUGGUUCCCCGUGUUUGUGAGCGGGCUGAAUCCGGGUCCAGUGAUGAUUAAAUGACUUGUGAGCUUCAAGACAACAACCCUCACACACACACACACACACACACACAUUCACUCCUAUUCACUGGAACAUACAGAUACAGACACUGGCACAUUCACACAAAUGUUCUUCCUGCUCUUGAGUCAUAAAUCAGCAGAACAUACAACACCAUCACUUUCUUUUGGAGGGGAUCCAUUCUAUGGCUGUUCCGUCCUGCAGUCCUUGCUUUCUGUUUCAGGGUGUAUGUGUGCAUGCCUAUAGCUUCCACUUUACAGGAACUCCAUUCUCUGUUCCAACAGGCCUUGAUCACCAGUGGAUCUAGAAGAGGCUUCUUGCACUGUAGAUGCCAGGUGUCUGUGUCCAAAAUGUACCACAUUUCAUUAAAUUACCUUCAGAACUUUUUUUGGCACAGUUGAUGCAUUUGCAGUCACAACCCUAUGUGCCCCCUUUCCCCACACACAGAAACACACACACACACACACACACACAGCCACACAUGCACUAUGAUGCUGUGUGCUUUACAUUAGUCUCUUGUGUGUUCUUCCUCAGCUAGCUCAGCUAGCUUUAUUACUGAGGUUUUUCAUAGGAUGUCGAAGUGGCUCACCUGUUUUUCCCUCUUAAAGUUACUGCACACAUGGGUUGCCUGUUGACUUAUUUAUUCAUCUGUUUAAGUGGUCAAAUUCAGAUCUGGUCUCGCACUGGAUAACAUUCCUGUCCUACCUUUUUCAAUGUCAAAUUUUGAAUAUUAUUUAUUUGUUUACAUUUGUUUAUUCUGUAAGUUUCAGCAAAUCAGGUAUAGUACAUUUUCUCAAAGGAGAAAGGGAGCAACCCAUCUGGGAAACAAAACUGUGACCACUGGCCUUCAUGAGCCCAGAGUGAGUUUUCAGGGUGUUACAGUAUCCUAACAAUGACUAAGUUUGGUCAAAGUAGUGUCACACAAGUCACAGAAUUGGGGGCUUUUAUUCUGAAAAGGGAGCACAAACCAGGAAGUGGACAAGAGAUGUGCCAAAACUCUAACAAAAUAAGUGUUUUGCCAAUACUGAAGAUGGCUAGUCAUUUUAUUCAUGUUCAUUUGCAGUAGACCUUAAAAUGUGGAGUCUGGACUGUUUGCUUUGAGGUUCCUUGUCUUUUAGCUUUUAUUCAGAAUCCUUUAAAAUAAAUUUUUAAAAAGUUAAAUGUACAGAAUUUGCUAGGCUGGAGCCAAUGAUAACAUUAUCCAAUAAUUCAUAUUUUACAAUUAAUAAAGAUGUCACUGUUGCCAAAUAAGCAAAAUGCGGUUCUGCUUUUAAAAAAAAAUGUCUUUGUUGUAUUAUUUUCACUUUAAAUUCAUCUUCUUCUUUUUUUUUUUACACUGAAUGUGAGGUGAUAUUGGGGCAUUGCUGACAGGGUGUGGGCUGCCUGUAUUCUGUAUUAAUGCCAUGCAGUAUACUGUUGGUGAUUCAAAUCAACUAUCAUUUUACAAAGAUUUAUUUUUAAUGUAUGCGUGCUUGCUUUUAGAUGUUGAAAUCCACACCAAAAACAAUACUAGUAUCUGAGAAGCAGGCCUAAUGUCCAGAUGUACAGGAUGCAACAAAACUGUAGUCUCCUAGGAAAUGAGACCGUAACACAUAGACAAGCUUUUUUGGUUUUGGUUUUGUGUGUUAAGUAGCUCUAUACAAACAAUCAGUUGACAACCUAAAAUAAAAUGUCUUCUAACUUUUCUUGCCAGUGCUGUACCAAUGUGUAAUCAGCAGAGGCAUUAGCAAGUUUGAGUCAAGAAAUAUUAUGAAAGAGUUAACGUUUAAUAUUUACUUUCCAUGUGUGACUUUGUCUUUAUCUAAGAAAUAAGGCUUUCUGUACAGGAGGGGCGAAGUGAGAUUGCUUUAAGUUUGUCUGUUUUUUAUCUAGUUGCUGUUAAAGCAUUUAUCUGGUAAAAAACUGAGCAGGGAGAGAGUAGAGACUUGGUGGUAAGGGGGAGGGUGGCAGAAGGUAGGUUAGCUUUGUGCAUUGUCUUCUACUCUUGAGUUUUUAUCAAGACAGAAUCCUUUGUGUCUAUUGUUUGAAAAGCUCAGAGUCCACGCAAUAUUGGCACAUGCACAUGCAUAAACACACACCGUCUAUAUACUUGGCAACACUCGCACAAGUACACACACACCCCCGCAUAACUGAUACAUGCAAACACACAUAAACUGGUGUACACAAAAACAUACCAGACAUACACUCCCAACUGCAUUUACUGAUUCAACUGAGGCAUCAUGAGAACAACUCCCCCCGCUAACUGUAAUAACAUUGUUAUUAAAUGUUGCUGUAGUGUUGUAGCAACACUGUCAUGUGAGGUGAGGACAAUGCCUUGACAACUCCCUAAUGGGCAUCCCUGUCGGGGGGUCAUUGGUCAUAGGCCCUUCCAUUACCAUGUGCAUGCAUUAUCUGUGGUGCGGUACAUUAAACAAAAAAAACUUUGGCACAGUAUAUUUACAGUUUCUGAAAAUAGUUUGUUUCCUCCCUCUGAGUUCCAUUUCCUAGAGUGUGAAAGUGCUUUUGUAAUAUGAUUAAGAAUGUCAAGAUUGUCUGAAACUCAGUUACGACGUCACAAUUAUUUCUUCUAAGUUUUAGUGCUAUCAUUUCUUCCUUUUCUUCUCUACAUUCUGCUAUUUCAAUUAUGACUGCUAUUGAGAAUGGGAGGUAGGGUAUACUUUAAAGCAUUUAGAAGUGUGUUUUCUUCUGGGUUUCUUGUAAUGUUUGCACAAUAUAAAUAUUUAUAUUUGAGAUAAGAGUAAAUUAAUUAAUAAUAAAGAAAUUCUGGUGGGGUCUGACAGUGGCGGGGGAGUUUUGGUUAACAUUCUCUGAAACAGGGUUUUAGCAAUAAAAUGUACUACUGAUUUGAUUUUGUAAGAUUAGUUCCCUCUGAUGGGAGUACUGUAAAACUGUGGGGCGUCACACACCUUCCUGAGCAUAUUAGUGUCACAAUGAUGCUUUCGUUUUCAUUGGGCAGGGCUUAAUUUAGAGGGGUUUUUUGUUUGUUUGUUUUUUUAAGCUGGUGGCUAUUCCUUUUCUUUUUCUCUUUUUUUUUGCAGAUGGCGCCUCAUAUCGGACUUUCCAAGUACUAUCAUGGUUUACGUUUUUAAAAUGAUGAGCAUUACAAAUGUCUUGUUUUUUUUUUUGUUUUUUUUUUAAUAAAUACAAAAUAAAUUAGA